CCUCUUAUGUGUGUGCGUGCGUGCACAGUUCGUGCAAGUUGGGAGGAGACGCUUGCCAAUGGCUGGAGCCACAUGAUCGAGCCAGCGAUUCUGAUUCCGUUGGCCUGCCUAUAAAUACCCCGAGGAGCGAGCACUGCAGAUGCCAAGGCAGAGGCCAAGGUUUCUUCUCUGCUAGCUAACUAGUGGGCUGCUUGGGUGGGGAGCCCGGGCCGGCAGAUAUCCUGUCUGAAACCCUUAGGGACAGGGACUUCGAAUUCUUGGAGGCAAUGGCGUCCUCGUUGCUCCACUGCUCCGACAAGCUGCCGUUCAUGAACGUGGAGACCGUCCUCCACAUGAAGGAAGGCCUCGGCGAGACCAGCUACGCGCAGAACUCGUCGCUUCAGAGGAGGGGCAUGGACACGCUGAAGAGCCUCAUCACCAACUCGGCGGCGGACGUGUACCUGUCGCAGAUGCCGGAGAGGUUCGCCGUCGCCGACCUCGGGUGCUCGUCGGGGCCGAACGCGCUGUGCCUGGCGGAGGACAUCAUCGGGAGCAUCGGCCGCAUCUGCUGCCGGUCGUCGCGGCCGCCGCCGGAGUUCUCGGUGCUCCUCAACGACCUCCCGACCAACGACUUCAACACCAUCUUCUUCAGCCUGCCGGAGUUCACCGACCGUCUCAAGGCCGCCGCCAAGUCCGACGAGUGGGGCCGCCCCAUGGUGUUCCUCUCCGGCGUCCCGGGCUCCUUCUACGGCAGGCUCUUCCCGGCCAAGAGCGUUCACUUCGUCUGCUCCUGCUCCAGCCUGCACUGGCUCUCCCAGGUUCCUUCUGGGCUUCUUGACGAGAUGAACAGGCCGAUCAACAAGGGAAAGAUGUACAUAUCAAGCACGAGCCCCCUGGCCGUGCCAGUGGCCUACCUGAGGCAGUUUCAGAGAGACUUCAGCCUGUUCCUCAAGUCGCGCGCGGCGGAGGUCUUCUCCGGCGGCCGGAUGGUCCUCGCCAUGCUCGGCAGGCAGGCCGACGGCUAUAUCGACAGGCGUACCACCUUCCUCUGGGAGCUCCUCUCGGAGUCGUUCGCCUCCCUGGUCGCACAGGGGCUGGUCGAGGAGGACAAGGUGGACGCGUACAACGUGCCGUUCUACGCGCCGUCGAUAGGGGAGAUCGAGGAGGAGGUGAGGCGGGAGGGAUCGUUCAGGAUGGACUACGUGCAGACGUACGAGAUCAACCUGAGCAGCAGCGGCGACGCGAGGAGGGACGGCAGGACGGUGUCGAUGGCGAUCAGGGCCAUCCAGGAGUCCAUGCUCAGCCACCACUUCGGCCCGGAGAUCGUCGACGCGCUCUUCGCCAAGUACACCGAGCUCGUCACCGCGUCCAUGGAGAGGGAGGAGGUGAAGAGCGUCCAGAUUGGGGUCGUCCUCACCAGGUUGUGACACAAACCACAAAGCUGUGACGACUGACCAGAGCGAUUUGUACCAGUUUAUAGUUUGACCCCAUGUUUCUGAAUUCUAAUGUGUGACCAUGUGGUGUUUAGUUGUUGUAUUGAGUAACUGAUGAUAUUAACAAAUUCCAUGUGUACUUAACUGGUAGGAUGGAAAGAAAUUAAUGGAAAGUGGAUUAACAAGUGUGUUGAAA